AUGAGCACUCCCCAUGAUUAUGAGGCGGUCCGUAAGGACAUUGUCGCACAGCUACAGAAGCCUGGUUAUGACGAUGGAAGCGCAGGUCCUGUGUUUGUACGACUGGCAUGGCACUCUUCCGGUACAUAUGACCUCAAAUCCGACACUGGUGGCUCCAAUGGUGCCGGUAUGCGAUAUGAAGCAGAAGGUGGCGACCCAGCCAAUGCAGGCCUGCAGCACGGUCGCGCAUUCCUCGAACCGGUGAAGCAGAAGCAUCCCUGGAUUACAUACUCAGAUCUGUGGACAUUGGCUGGUGUAGUAGCGAUCAAGGAGCUGGGUGGACCUGAGAUCCCUUGGAAAGGGGGACGAACAGAUCUGGUAGAUGACUCCAAAGUGCCACCACGUGGUAGAUUGCCAGAUGGAGCGCUAGGAGCUGACCAUCUGCGGUUCAUCUUCAAUCGCAUGGGUUUCAAUGAUCAGGAGAUUGUCGCGCUGGCAGGAGGUCACAAUCUUGGCAGGUGUCAUGGAGACCGCAGUGGAUUUGAUGGCCCAUGGGUAACCAACCCGACCCGGUUCUCAAACUCCUUUUUCAAGUUGCUUUUGCAGCUGGACUGGAAGCCACGGACACUCUCAACUGGAAUGACCCAGUUUGUGUAUGAAGACCCUGAUGCGGAGGAGGACGAAGAGCCCUUGAUGAUGCUGCCCACUGAUAUGGCGCUCAAAACUGACCCUGCGUUUUUGCCUUGGGUGCAGAAGUACGCAAAGGACAAAGAACUGUUCUUUGAUCAUUUUUCCAAAGUGUUUGCCAAGUUGGUUGAGUUGGGUAUUCAGCGUGAUGAGAAGGGAGUCAUCACCAACACCGAUAAUGUGAUGGGUGGUUAUGUUUCAGCACCCAAGAAGAGUGAUGUGGCCACUGGACCAAGCAAGAAGAAGAGCGGGCCUCGUGCUCGCCUUUAG